CAGUCAUUGAAAUACUUUCAUAUUGCAUAUGAUUAUGUCAAUCAAGUCAUAAGCCACGCCCCCCUGAAGAGAAAAGUAUGAAUAGCAUGCUCUCUCUCUCUCUCUCUCCACUGUGAGCGAGCAGUGGAACCACAGCGCAGGGUGAUUUCUUCUUAUGACACAAAUCAUCUCUCAUCUCUGUAACUUUACAGCUGUGGGAUUUUCAUCUAAAGAAGAUUGUGUAUUUUAGACUACAGCCACAUAUUUAGAAAAUUUAAAAUUAAGUGCUUUUUAAAGUAAGUCAGGUACCUGGGAUACUUCUUGGAUUGGAUUACUGCACAUCUUUGCUGAGGUGGUUGUGUGAUCCUUAACAACAAGGCUGCUCAGCUGAAACCAGUAUGGCUUGGAUCCUAUGGGCGAUGGGACUCUCUCUGCUCAUGCAGGGCUGUUUGUGCAGUAUUGGCCAGACUGACAGGGGCUGCAUGAAAUGGAAACAAAACGGAGAGAAUGUUUGCUGUGAAGCCUGUUAUCCUGGAAACCGUCUGGUCAGAGAGUGUGGUCCAAACCCAAAAGAUCUUUGUACUCCUUGUGAGCCCAAGACAUUCACAGUGCAACCUAAAUCCUUCAGGUGUUUCCAGUGUACACAGUGUAUAGGCGUUCAAGUCGUUGAGAAAGAAUGCACAGCCACAAGUGACACAAAGUGCGGCUGUGAAGACGGACUCCUCUGUGGUAACGACCAGUGUAGCUUCUGUAUUAAGAAGUGUGGCAAAGGUCAGGAACCUACAGACAAGCGUUCUUGCAGAGAGUGUCCAAACGGAACCUUCAAUGACAAAAUUCACCAGAAGUGUAAACCCUGGAGUACCAGGUGCCCCAAUCCCAAAGAAGUGCCUGUGGCCCAUGGAGAUAAGUUCACUGACAUCACAUGUGCUAAUGUUACAGUCGCCACAAUGAGCCUGCCAAAGAAACCUGAUAACACAGAACAGACGUGGCCUGUGGUUUUAUCUGCACUGACUGGCACAGUUCUGAUGACCUUCACCAUCAUCAUCAUCUUGGUGACCAUGAAGACCAAAAAGACCAAAAAGACCAUAAAGACGGAAAGCACAGGAGAAGAAACAGGAACCCUGACAGAUGAGCCCAGACCAUUAAUAGCAGUUGAAUACAGUUUCCAUGAGGCCCAGCAAGAGCAGGGCAGUAGCACAGAGUCGCUUGCCUCCAAGGACUCCUCAAAGCAACUCAUUGGCUGAAGGCUCGUCUGCUACAGUAAAGAAACAAAUUGUUAACCUUUUACCGAUUUCUGGGAAAGGAAAAGGGAUAUCCUGAAUGAGACAGAGUCUUCCUUUGUGAUACUGGGUCACACGUUUGGCAAUACAUUCUCUAUCCUGCUUGGCAAUUCAUGAAACAAACAGAAUACAUUGUUCACCCAGUUAUAUCUUUUAUCCAUCCUCCUUUUUUUUAUGAAAAUGACCAAAAGCUUUUGUGAAAACAUUCAUAGGCAAUAGAGGUAACAUGUUACGCCAGAAGAGGACACAGUUUAGCACUCCUAAUCAUGCACUGCAUUGGAUAUUCACAGGGGAGGAAGGGGAAUUCUGAGAGGUGAAAACACCAAGUGGACUUACAAUGGCCUAUUCAUCAUGUUAAUUAUAGCGAGGCUGUGUUUUCUCCCUUUUAGAUAGAGUAGUUUAUUUUAGUAGUAGUACAAUGGAGGGCGUUCAAGUACUGAAGUAAAAGCACUUAAAAGGACAAAUUACAUAAAAAAUGAUAGCCUUUAGAAAUGAAUGGAAACAACUUUUUUUUUCUUUUAAACUACUUUCAAAGCAGCUGUACUUGAGCCAGUGGACUGUAUAAAAUAAUAUUGCACUGUUUAAAUGAGUUUCACUAAUUGCAAUUUCAGUGGUGAGGCUGCUGAGCGCUCUUUGUGGAUGUUCUGCUGUUUCUGACGAAAGGUUUUUGUCACAUCUACUCACCCACAUAAGUCUCCCAGGAUAGAUGCUUUAUUUUACCGAGGAGCAAAUGUCCAACCUAGUUACUGACCGUUUAGUGCUGAAUUUUUAAAGUCGUUAUAUUGCAACAGCAAAACUUGAACUUUGUCUCAGUCAUGAUUUUAUGUGAUGAAACAUGAUUUGUCAGGGGAUCUUUUAUGUUAUUUAAAUCUGCUUAAGGACGUGGACUGCUUUGGGUGAGAGGCUGUUAAAGUAAUAACAGAGGACAAGGGGAUUAUGUGUGAUUCUCAACAAAAUUACCUUGAAAUUGAGGUUGAGUACAGUUUGCUGUGUAGCCUCUUCUACCCUACAUUACCAGGAACUGCAAGGACUUUCCUACAAUUGCUUUACUGGUGUCAAAAAGUCCAGUGAAGGGAAUUUCCCUUUUAGUCAAUAUGCAACCCUACAACAUACUAAGUUCAAAUACCAUGGAUGCUACAGUAGAGAAGAGCCUACACAUCUACUGUACUGUGGUCUUUUUUAAUGAGAGGAAAACACUGGGUUCACUGCAUUAAGCAUGCCUUGACUAAGCAUGGCAAGAUGAGACAUGUCUCUUGAGCAAGACUUUGGAAUUGCAGUGGGCAUAACAACCACGAGAUAUUUUAGAGAAGGCGAUAAGUCACACGCUGCAAAAGAAUAUUUAUAAUUCCAUUCUAAUAAGUGUGUAAGUGGGAAUUCCUAAGGACAAACACAAUAUGCAGCAAUAGGCACCCAAGACAUGAAAAUGAAGCUCAAGAGUCACGUGGAAACCCCCCAGUCAGUCCUGUACUCGUAGCUGCUUUUACUUAUCUUCUAGUACAGUGGAGUGGGCAGUCAGAUCAGAGUCAAGUGGAACGUUUUCAAAAACAUGUCUUUUCAAAAAUGUAGCAGGCGUAUCCUCUACUGAAAUGGAACAUUUGAGAAAUGUGCUAUGUGGGUUCAGAGUGAAAAUGUUAGCCCACAUCUAUAGUAAUGCAUCAGUGAGCGUGUAUGAGUCACAGCUUGAGUCUGUUAAGUCUGACGAACGACCACAAAGUUCACAGCUGUUGCAAAAUACUGUCUAAGUUGUACUCUUGACAUUUUCUUAAAGGACUGUGACAUUUUGUAGAAUUUACUGGAUUAAUUUAUUGCACUUCAGGUUUUAAAUUUGAAUUUUUAAUGUUUUUACAUGAUUUGUUUCUAUUAUAUUCAUCUUCUUUAUGUUGAAAUAGUCAAUAAAAUGAUGUAUUUUUUUUA